AUCAUCAUCGAGAUUUCAUGAAACAUUCGAAUGAUGAUACAUUCGAUUCGAAUAUUCGAAAUUCAUAUUCGAAUAAUAAACAGAAUCGAAUCGAAACGCCAUCUACCAAAAGAAUAGUCAAACAAAAUGAGCUUUCACCCGAUAAUGGUAGCUAUUUUAUACAGCAACCGAAACCAAACCAACAACAAUUAUUAUUACCAAUUUCAUCGAUCAAUAAUAAUCACUCAACAACAACAACAAUAGCAACAGCAAAAAACUUGAAUUUGAUUAGACGUUGUCAAGAAGAAGAAGAAGAAAAAAUUUUCAACAACAACAACAACGCCGCUAUUGGUAUAAAUAAGAAACAACAACAGCGACAGCAACGAACGAGUAAAGAAAAGCUUAAUAAUAAUUAUAAAUCAUUUUCAACAUCACAGAUUUAUAAUUCCAAAUUAUUUGAUUGUUCAACAAAACCAUUAUCAACGAAACCAUUAUUUGGUAGUGUUUAUCAUAAUCGUAAAAAGUGGCCAUAUAAUCAACAGAAUCAAAGUUUUUCAAUAAUACCAAUCAUGUCGGAUGACAAACAACAACAACAACAGAAUGGACAACAUCAUGAGAGUUCACAGAAUCGUAUACUAAUCAAAAAUGGUCGUUUGGUUAAUGAUGAUGCUAUUUUUAAGGCUGAUAUCUAUGUUGAAGAUGGAAUUAUCAAAGAUAUUGGUCCACAUUUGAUUGUACCGGGUGGUGUACGAACAAUCGAUGCAAAUGGUUAUUAUAUAUUACCGGGCGGUAUUGAUACACAUACACAUAUGAAUGCAACAUUUAUGGGUGCAACAACAGCAGAUGAUUUUUAUAGUGGAACACGUGCUGCAUUAGCUGGUGGUACAACAACCAUAAUGGAUUUUGUUAUGACACAACGUGGUCAUAGUUUAAUUGAAACAUUUAAACGUUAUCGAUCACAAUCGGAUGGUAUUGCAUGUUGUGAUUAUACAUUUCGUGUUAUUGUUCCGGAAUUCGUAAAAGGCAAAACUGAUGUUGAAAUGGAAACAUUGGUUAAAGAAUAUGGUGUGAAUAGUUUUAAAGUAUUUAUGGCAUAUAAAGAUUCAUUAAUGUUACGUGAUGACGAUUUGAUGAAUGUUUUGAUAAAAUGUCGACAACUUGGUGCAUUACCUUGUAUUCAUGCUGAAAAUGGUGACAUUAUUGAAUAUAAUAUUCGUAAAUUGAAAAGUUUGGGUAUUACCGGUCCGGAAGGACAUAUACAAAGUCGUCCAGAAGAAGUUGAAGCUGAAGCUGUUCAUCGUAUAACAACAUUGGCCAAUCAAGUUAAUUGUCCAGUUUAUAUUGUUCAUGUUAAUAGUAAAUCUGCUGCGGAUGCUGUAGCUGAUGCACGAAAACGUGGUUGCAUUGUAUAUGGUGAACCAAUUGCUGCUGGUCUAGGAACGGAUGGUACACAUUAUUUUAAUAAAUGUUGGCAACAUGCUGCUGGUCAUAUUAUGUCACCACCACUUCGACCAGAUAGAUCAACACCUGAAUAUUUGAUCAAUAUGUUAGCAUCGGGACAAUUACAAGUAACCGGAUCGGAUCAUUGUGUUUUUAAACUUGCUGAUAAAGCUAAAGGAAUGAAAGAUUUUUCAUUAAUUCCAAACGGUGUAAAUGGUGUUGAAGAACGUAUGAUGAUUUUAUGGGAAAAUGGUGUACGACCGGGAAAAUUAGAUCCAAGACAAUUUGUUGCUGUGACCAGUACAAAUGCAGCUAAAAUUUUUAAUCUUUAUCCACGAAAAGGACGAUUGGCAAAAGGUUCGGAUGCAGAUAUUGUUAUCUGGGGACCAAAACCACAAGUUAUUCGUGCCGAAAAUCAUCAUUCAAAUGGUGAUUUUAAUAUUUUCGAAGGUACACAAGUUUCAUUUGGUCCAUUGGUUGUUAUCAGUAAUGGUCGUGUUGUAUUGGAUGAAAAUGGAUUACAUGUUGUACAAGGUAGUGGACGAUUUAUACCUUGUGCACCAAAUUCAAGUUUUCUAUGGCAUUCUAUUCGUGAACGUGAACGAAUAAUGCCUAUUCGUAUUGAUCGAGAUGGUAAAGAUGUUGUUGAUCAUCAGCAACAACAACAACCAAAUCAACAACAACAACAAUCAAAUCAACAGCCACAAUCAACUACAGUUCCUCGAACACCACCAACAAAUAAUGUUGCUGUUGCUCAAAAUGGAAAUCAAUCAUCAAUGAUGCCACCACCACCAGCACCACCAUUAACACCACAAAUGAUGUCAAAUGAACAAUCACCAAUAUACAUGAAAGAAAAUAUUGGUGGAGGACCAAAUACGCCAAAUUUUUAUAAAGGUACUACACGUUCAGGUGUUCGUAAUCUACAGGAUUCAUCAUUCAAUUUAAGCGGUGCCCAGAUUGAUGAUGAUAAAAUCAGUAAAACUGCCAUUCGUGUACAAAAUCCACCGGGUGGUCGAUCAAGUGGAAUCUGGUAAUAGAAAUCAAAAAUAUGCAAAACAACGGAGAAAGAUGAAAUUCAACAACGAAAAAAAUUAUUAUCCAGCAGCAUUUAAAAAUUGUAUUAAGUAAACACUAAACAAACAACUGA